AUGUCGUAUGAUCCAGCAGAUGCUGCCCGUGAACUAACACGAAGGCGGCAGCGUGCGCAGCGAGAGCGCCGAAGAAACUCUCCGCCCAGGAGGCGCAAUUUCGGGCCCCCCUCGUCCCGCGAACGAGAGAGAACCAUUACCACAACGCGCCAGUUACUGAAAUCUUGGUCGAGGAGGACGAAUCGUCUGUGUCUACCAACGUCGAUAGUCGUGAAUCGCAAACCUCUGCCUGUUCAUCGGUCCUUGACAGCCGAGGUGGCCAACCAACAUCCUGGCAGUUGGGAAGAUGCGUACAAGGAAGGCCUGGCCAAGUUGUUUCAAGAGGAAAUGGGCUGCGACAUUACCUUUCGUGUCGCCGGAACAGACACUGUUGUGAAGGCCCACAGCAAGAUUGUGGGGGCACGAAAACAAGAGAUUCGAUUUGGCCACAAACUGACUUGGUUUUUGUUGCAAGAUGAGCGUGGUGUCGCAACAACAUCCCCCGAAGGGAAACCACCAUCCCAGUGGCAACCUGGACAAGAAAUCAUUGUGGAUGACUAUGUCUUCACUGAAAAUCCAGAACAACUGCGCACUGCAAUUGCUUCUUGCUAUGGGAUAUUUCCAAAGACAGAAGAAGAAAAGAACAGGUUUUGUCUGGAUGAAAAUAGCAGUGAUAUUAUGGAAGAUGUGCAAGAUCUUAACCCCAUGUAUUGGAGCGAAGGAUAUCUCCCCACUCCUUGGGAGGAAUCUGAUGUUUCCGUCAUUGGGAGCCCAGGUGCCAGCGCCGAAGAGGAACAUGAAUGGACGAUUGACUGUCAUGCUGCCAUUUUGUGCGCGAAUUCAGAGUAUUUUGCUGCUGUGCUGUCUGGGAGAGGAUGGGCGACAGAAGAAGCAGGGACCAAACGAAUCCUUCGCCUAGAUUCCCUGCAUUUUGCCAAAGAUACCAUAAUUGAACUCCUGAAUGGAUUGUAUUCCAACGCAUUGGAUAUGUGCGAAGAGGAGACAGAAUCUAUAUUGCACCUGAUUGAUGCCGCAGCCUACUUGGGAAUGAAGGCGGCUUCCCUGCGGUGCGAAGAGGCUCUGGCAACUCGAAUUGAUGCGGAACACUUGGUAGAAAUGAUUCACUUUGCUCAGGAAACCGGAGCUAAGAGACUGCUCUUGGAUUGCCACAAGUAUCUAUGUCGCAAUCUUGCUGCCGUGCAACGGGCUGGAACCCUGGCGCAAUUGGAAAGUCCACAACUGGAAGCCAUGCUCCAUUCCAAUUUCGUCGAGGCACCCGAAGAUGAUAUUUUGAAUGCCCUUAUGACUUGGGCCGAUGCAACCAACGCUUCGUUUGACGAGACCAAAGAUCUUCUUACUCUGGUUCGCCUGGCAUUUGUUCCUGUCGAUUCUCAAGUGAUGCUCAAAGCCAUUGCGAAGAAUCUUGUCACCGAAGACAUGUUGCAAGUCUGCAGACUGUUCCAGACCGAUGGGGAUUAUCGAGCGACAAUGAUGAAGAACGAUCCAUUGUACGUGCCACGACAAACCAGGACCAUGACGAGGGACCUCGAAGCAAAGUUGAGACCGCCUCUGGAAGAUAGGUUUAGGGUCAUGCGAAUGCUUGGCGUCGUCAACGGUCGCAACAAUUUUGAGAACAUUAGCUCCGUCAAGCUCAACAAAUGCGACGGCCAUCUGGUCUGCGGUCGACCCUCAGAGAAUGCACUAGAGAUGGACACCAGCGGGUUUGAUUUUGAUCGCUGUAUCACACCGCACAUGGCACGAGACGACACCAAACCACAACGGCGUGUUGGAAGGAGUGACUUGGAGAGUCUUCCGCUUGAGGAUGCCAAACAGCUAUUGGCAUUGCUGCUAAGGCAUGAAAAUGAGCUGCGGCUGCAUCCACUCGUGCAAGCAAAGCUCGGUGCCAUUGGUGAGGACGAGGACGAAAUGUCAUCUUUCACUACAGCUUUGCAGGUGUUUGUUUCAGAGGAGUUCAGCGUGGAUCCGGUUGCUCACUCGUUGUUGGAGAUGAUGCCCCGGAUGUCAAGCUAUGUACGAUGGAAGGCAAGCCAACAACUCUAUGGACUGAGAUUGAGCGCCGAAGAUCCUUCUCUGAGUCAUUGGAGAACGACAUUCGCCGGAAGCCCGUUGUUUUGGUUGGAGCGAGUUACACCUGACCCCCCUUCCGCCAAAGGGCCAGGCUUCUUGCCCUGUUGGCGAAGGAAUUAG